AUGCCUGCCCGCAAAGCCCUAAUUGCAGUAACCUCUGCCACCGCCACUCUAUUUAACGGCAAGGAGCGCACCGGCCUCUUCAUUAGUGAGGCCCUGCACCCCUACCGCGCCCUCGUGGCCGCCGGCUUCGAGGUCGAUUUGGCCUCGGAGACCGGCAGCUACACGGCGGACUGGCUCUCGCAGCAACCCGACUUCCUGCACGGCGAGGACCUGGCCAUCUGGAACGACUUGGACAGCGAGUUCCGACAGAAGCUCGACCACAUGCGGCCUGCCGCCGAGAUCCUUGCCGACUCAGCGGCCGAGUAUGGGUUAUUCUACGCCUCCGCGGGCCACGCCGCGCUGAUCGACUACCCCACCGCUCGGGCGCUGCAGCAGAUCGCUGAGCAGGUGUGGGCGGCCGGCGGCGUGGUGGCCUCCGUCUGCCACGGGCCCGCUAUCUUUGCGGACCUGCGCGAUCGAGCGACAGGUACUCCGAUUAUUCAGGGGCGGAGGAUCACGGGGUUCACGACUGAAGCCGAGGAGACGAUGGGGAUUAUGGCGGAGUUGCGCGGGCUUGGAGCUGAGAUGGUCGAGGAGCUGGCGCAGCGGCUGGGGGCGAAGUACGAACGGUCCGCGGGUAUUUGGGAUGAUUUCCACGUGGUGGAUGGUCGACUGGUGACAGGGCAGAACCCGGCGAGUGCGACGUCGACCGCCCUAGCUGCUAUUGAAGUGUUUGAUAAACAGUGA